CUCUGUGCUGACUGUGAGGGAGGGAUUACAUGUCUCCUCCUCUCCCUCUUUCAGUUUUCUUUCAAAGCCACAGAGGUUUUCAAUCUUCUCCCCCAGUCAGUCGCCAUCUUCCUCUUUAGAGCUAUGAUUUAGUGCUCACUCGCCUCUCUGUGCAGCCCUGAGAGGGAGAUAUAUCUGAAUAUAUAAAUACAGUAUAUAUUUGCUGGGGGAAAGCAGCAACAACAGGAGACACACAGACUGACUGACUGAGUGAGUGGCUGCAGUGAGAGAGCCUUUCUGUGGGAAUCCUUUAGAAGCUGAACUGAAGACAAGGAAAAGCAAAGGGAGAAAAGGUUGUCGCCUCUUGGGUCAGGAGGUGUGGAGGGAGAAGAGCGAAGAUUUCCACCGGAGACUCACUCCCCAACUCCUUCUCUCGCUACCAGACAGUCCAGUGAACAGCCACCGGGAGAUACACCAAGAGGAACUCCACUUUCUCAGUAUCGCUCACUUAUCUGUCCGGCUGAAGGAGGAGUGGAGUUUCCCCACGCUGGGGUAAAGGUCUGGUGACGGCGACUGCACAGGGGACUGUAAAUCAUGAGUGAAUUCUGGUUGUGUUUCAAUUGCUGUAUCGCAGAGCAGCCUCAGCCGAAGAGGAGACGGCGGAUUGACCGAAGCAUGAUCGGAGAGCCGACGAACUUUGUUCACACGGCCCAUGUGGGAUCAGGAGACGUCUUCAACAGCGGGAUGAAUUCAGUGAACUCGAUUCAGAGCCAAAUGCAAUCCAAAGGUGGAUAUGCAGGUCCAGCCUUGCCAGUCAAUGUUCAGAUGCAGCUCGUGGACACAAAGGCAGGAUAACCUUUGAAAAUGCCUGUGAUUCCUUUGAAUUCAUGUUUCCUCCUCUCAUCCCUCUUUCGCCUUGGUGACUGCUUCUCUGAGCUCUUCAUGAUGAGACAGGCCCAACAACUGCUCUCUUGUCCCUGUGGCUGUCCUUCGGCUGGAGUCUCCUGAUCUGCUCUGAAGAUGUCAUUCCCGGGGACGGGUCCUGCCAUGCUUUGCGCGGGUCUGGCCUUUGCUGAAGUCAUGGACAUAGCUUCUUGUAUUUUUUAAAAAUAUAAAUAGAAUUUUAGCACGUGCGUCAUUCCUUCGCAAGUCUGCAAGUGCCGGAACCACGCAUUCCCAUGAAUUCUUCGCCCACUUUUCGUUUCUCUAUUUUUUGGGAUAUCAGCGUUUCUUAUUUUCUUCCUUUUUUUAAUUUUUGUUUUGGAUUUUUUUCAUUGUUGUUAUUGCUUUUUUCGUUUUAGUCUUUAUUAUUGAUGUCUAAAGGUCUGGAACCUGAAAGCACAAUUUACAUUAUUGCGCUCCCUCUGAGCAAGUCAGCGUGGUAGAUGACUGCAUGUAAUGUAGCUCAGUCCAGUGGCUCACUGACGCCAAAGUAUUUGUUACAGCGGAAUGAUGAUACUAUUGCUGACCAGUGUCUAGCCAGUGUGCCAGUUUUGCCAACUCCCUGCCUUUUCCUCUCUUCCCUGUCGAAUUGUAAAUUGGUUUGCCUCACCUUCUUUCACGUCUCGUAGUUCAGUUAUCGAGCUGAUCUGAUCUAACAUCCACCGCCCUCUCCCUCUUCACCCGACCAAACUGGCGUUCUGUACGAUGGCCUGUGGUAAAUGUGCAAUUCAGUAUACUCCUCUUAUAUCGCUGGCAACAGAACAGUUACGCCUGACCUUUGAGCAUGCAUCCAGUCUAGUUACACCUGUAACACUGCGAUGCGGUAGUGCUCAUCACUCUCUGUACGUCAGCCUUGGUUGUACUGCAUCGGUUGCUUUUUUUUGAUAAAAAUAAGAACCCUAAUCCUGGAUUUACAGCCUUUGUCCAGUACCUCACUCGGAGUGCUGUUCACAUCGAACUCUGUACAGUUUUGUAGAUUUUUCUCUCCAGCUCUUUGAGUGAAUGUCAGUUUCUUUGUAUUUUUAUUUGGGGGGAGGGAGGGUAGGUGUGGGUUUUGGGUUAAAUCGUGCUUGUCAUUGGCAAUAUCUUGAGCUGUCUGAACAAACACCAGAGAAACUUCUGUUCAACAGGGUGGCUUUCGCUCUCCAACAUAAGAAAGCAAAAAAAAAAUCUUGCUCAGGUCUCAAAGGGCAUAUUUUCUCCCAUUUCCACUCACAUGUCCUGUACUCAUAUUGCACUGUUUCAGAAUGGUGCAAAAGUUGUGCAUGGUUUAAGAAAUCAAACAAACUGAACAACGUUUGUUUUCAGUAGGAUAUCACGUUGGCUUAACUCAAGACGUACUCCAUCAAAUGUGAUUCAUGUGAUAUUUUAAGUAGUGUUAGAGCUUGUAUUUUAGUGUAUCAUUGUUAUUGGAGCCUAGAAUAAUUCCCCUUCACCCCCUUUCCUUCUCUAUCCCACCCUCCCACCCCCAGUACUGAACUGCAGGAAUCCGUGAUACAAAAUCCAUAAAAGCUUCUGGCAAAGAUAGGGAAUGUUAUUAUGUGGAGCGGUGCAGUACAAAUUGUAAUGGAACAUCUGACACCAAGAUAUAAAGUAUUUUUUGAAGUAUGAAUGAGUAUGGUAAUAAUUACUUGAAAGAUUAGCUGAGUUGUGGCUUGCCGGCCUUUGGUGUAUGUUGUUAUGACUGAUUUGAAUGCAUCCUGGUCCUCUAAACUCUCUGUGGUAAAUGUUAUGUAAAGGGGUGUGUAAUUUAUCAUCACUUAGUGCUGCCAUAGCAAGCCAUUAAUUGAAAUGUAAUUUAUCAUUCAGAUGCAGGCAAAGGAUUUUGUCAGCUGACUAACUGAAGAUAUGUUUUAGCAUAUUUUUAUAAUGCAUACACUUUUGUACAUGGUCUUCAUUCCCGAGUAAAAUCAGUUUAGUCCAUAAUGGCUUAUAGUUUUAAAGUGACUUCAAAAGAUUAAAAUAAAGGUUGUCAUUUGCUCUUGCA